AUGGGAAAUGUUCAAGUUCCUCUUUUGCAUCCUUUGACGGACGAUUUGAACAUGUUUUGUUAUCGGGUGAUAGCUCUUGAAGAUAUCAAUAUUCAACCACAUACCGAGGCUGCCAUUCCUGCGAAAGUGGUUGAUUACACUGGCAAGAAUGGGUGGGGAAUCAUUGAACCCGCUGACGAGGAAUCUAUUCCUGGAGUCUUCAUUGGUAAAGUUUUGACGAAAUUAACAAACGAAACCACAGUAGUUCCAAUACGAAUUGUUAACGUGACGGAGGAAAAGCGUAAAGUUUUAGCUGGAACUGACCUGGCAAAAUGUGAGUCAGUAAGCUUCGUUGUUUGUCCUGACUUUGAGAAUUGUUUUGAAGAAUCCACAACCCGAAACGGAAUACCGAAACAUCUAGCGGAACUUUACAAGAGUAGUACAAAAGAUUUGGUUGAUGAGGACCAGAGAAAUAAAGUGCUUGACCUGUUGUAA